UAAAAAAAAUUUAGAACCCACCCCUGGCAGUAAUGGUUAACCUUUUCUGGACUGAGUGCCCAAAGCACGCCCGUACCCCCAAAAUGCAAUGUGCACAUGCCUCCCGUAUAUACCCCACCCCCUUCACAUGCGUGUACGGCCCCCUGCAUGACCCCGCCCCCCGUCCGUACACGAGCAGCUCACACAGAAGCCCCCUGCUGCCCCGCACGAGCGCUGCAGAGACCCCAAAACCAAAAAAAAAGUGGUGUUAUUAGCCAUCAAAACUCAAAAAUACACUUUUUCCCAACAAUUGUGGCCACUGCUGUAUCAAAGAGAGAUCCAACCUAGAACUUAAGGACAAAUUUCCUGACAGUGAGAACAGUUAAUCAGCGGAAUGGCUUGCCUUCAGAAGUUGUCAAUGCUCCAUCACUGGAGGCUUUCCAGAAGAGAUUGGACAGCCAUUCGUCCAGAAUUAUAUAAGAUCUCCUGCCUGAGCAACUCUGUUAUUCUGAAUAGAACGUGAAGUAGAUGGUUCUAGUUUUAGUCCUGGAGAAACAUCCCAUAUUUAGCAGAGAAGAUGAAUGGGGCAGCACAUCCACCUGAAUUUCAGAGGAGAAGGAAACUUCUCAGCUAGGUGAUGUUACCAUCCAGCUUGAUAUGACCCAAGAUCUACAGUAGUGGCCAAAAUUGUGGAAACCUUUUGGGAAAAGCGUAUUUUUGAGAUUUGAUAGCUAAUAACACCACUUUUUUUUUGAAGUUUCAAGAUAAUCCUAUUCCACUGCUGGAAUGGCCCUGGGAAUAGCCCAGACCUUCACCCAAUUAAAAAUCUAUGGAGCCGACUAAAGAAACUUCUUAGUCAGAAGCGACCCAGCAAUAAAACCCAGUUAAUAGAAGCCAUCAUUCAAUCUUGGUUUCACAUUAUAACAACUGCAGAACUAAAAGACUUGGUUCACUCCAUGGGAAGACGUUGUAAGGCCGUCAUUCAUGCUAAAGGUUACCCAACGAAGUAUUAACUGACAUGGGGAUCAUUUUUGUAUAUCUCGUUUUUCCUACGUGUUUCACUUUUCUUCUUUAUACUGUAACUGCUAUUCUAAUAGCAAACCCUUCAUAAAAGUGAUAGUAUUACAUUCUUGAUUAAAUUAUCUUUCCAUUGAUAUAGUAAGUAAGCUUUCUAUUGCGGUCAGAGACCAAAUUAAAAUACACAUAGAAAGGGAGUAUAUUUUACAAAUAUAUCCGUUGAUAUAUAAUUUUAUGGUACUACUCCCAAAAAAAGUGGUGUUAUUAGCUAGUUUUAGAAAAUACACUUUUCCUAAAAGGUUUCCCCAAUUUUGGCCACUACUGUAUGUGUAGUCCUUGAUUUACAACCUCAGCGUUUCAGUUGCUAAACAAGACAAGAUAAGUGGAUUUUGUCCCAUUUAGUGAAGUGAAUCAGCUGUUAAGUGAGUAACAUGGUUGUUAAGUGAAUACUUUUUAGAAAGUACACUUUUUCCAAAAGAUUUCCACAAUUUUGGCCACUACUGUUAAGAAGGUCUUGGUCAUUUCAGUCCUGUGUUGAGAAUAAGAGAAUGAAGGAAUGUCUUUUCCAAGACUGAAUGGUGGGUUGGAACUGAACAACUCCAGUCAGCUUAAAAUUCAGAAGAGCCCACUUUGCAAACAUGUGUAUUUGUGACAUUCACUUCGGAAUUAUGAAAAAUCCAAGGACGGACAUAAAACACACAGUGUGCGUUCCUUCUGCAAGCUAUGUAAAAUUGCUCCGGCCCUGGGAAUCUCACAGAGAGCCUGCGAAAUGGUUGCGCGGUGUGUGAGAUUUUCCCCGAACCCUUGUUCUAUGUUUGUAACUUUUCACCACCUGGUUGUUAAUUGUUCUUUUGUUUUUGCAAUUGAAUUGUGUCGGAGCCUCCCGGAGUCAGGCAGGUGAAGGAGGUGAUUAUAGAAAUUCAACAGAUCAAGCCAAAUAAUGGGCUGGGAAGUUUUGUUGCCUGUACUUUUGUGUGAGAAGGCACACAAAUGUAAGGGACACCAGCUCAGCCCCGCCCUCUGCUUCUACGGACUAUAAACUGUCACGACAGGCUUCUUAGAUAUUCAGGAAAAUCUUCUUCCUGUCCAGAGUGGUGGUGGUGGUGGAAUCUCUUCUUUUCCUGAUCAUCUGGAGAAGAUACCUCGGUGGGAAUUAUAGACCUUCCGCAAUGGUGCUAGGACGGAAGUGGCCAGGUUUCCUUCCUACGUUGUUUAUCCUGUUCUUUGCUGUGAAUAUCUUGUUUGUGAUGCACGUGAAACACGAAAUGCAGAGCCUAAGGAGGGAACCCGGCGGACAUCGAGAGCAACAAGCUUUGGAUUCCGCGAAGGAGAACGACUUCGUCGGACAUCUUGAAAAAAUCGAGGCCCUGUUCCUCAAUCUAUCAAAUUACAUAAAAUUAUCAGAGGGAAAAAAGAAGGCAGCAAAUGAAUUGAAUUUGCCCGAGAAGCCACACCAGGAAAUACAAGAAGACCAACAGGGCAAGGAAAACCGGAAGGAACCUGAGGCGCCUCCCAGGAUGCGGUUCCCAGAUUCUCCUCUGUUCCAGAGAUGGGGCAAAGAUUUAAUGGAGGACCAGCAAAUUGUAGCCCAGAAACUUUUCGAUAAGUACGGGUACAAUGUUUACCUCAGUGAUCGCUUGCCUCUGGAAAGGCCUUUGAAGGAUACCCGACCUCCCAGAUGUCGAGAGAAAAAAUAUUCGCAUGAUCUCCCAACCAUUAGCGUGGUCCUUAUAUUCUUUAACGAGGCUACCUCCAUCAUCUUACGUGCCAUCACCAGCAUAAUUAACCGAACACCGUCUCACCUCCUGAAAGAAAUUAUCCUAAUUGACGAUUUCAGUUCAAAUGAGGAACUUAAAGGUCCUUUGGAAGAACAUAUCAAAAAGUUCAACGACAAACAUCCUGGAUUGCUGAAAAUUGUGAGACAUGAAGAAAGGAAGGGCCUCACAGAAGCUCGGAUUUCUGGCUGGAGAGCAUCUCUGGCAGACGUGGUGGCUAUUCUGGAUGCACAUAUUGAAGUCAACACGAACUGGGCUGAACCAAUUCUCUCUCGGAUCAAGGAGGAUCACACCGUUAUCAUAUCACCGGUGUUUGAUAACAUCCGUUUUGAUGACUUCCAACUCACUCAGUACGCCGAGGCCGCUGAUGGAUUUGACUGGGCUCUUUGGUGUCUCUACGAGACCAUACCAGAAGACUGGUAUGCGCUGAAAGACCAAACGGCACCAAUCCGGAGUCCUUCUAUAAUGGGAAUACUUGCCGCGAACCGAGAAUUUUUGGGGAAGAUUGGUGUUCUGGAUGGUGGAAUGCACAUUUAUGGAGGAGAAAAUGUGGAAUUGGGCCUCAGAGCUUGGCUGUGCGGCGGGAGUGUUGAGGUCUUGCCGUGUGCAAGGAUUGCCCACCUGGAGCGAGCCCACAAACCCUAUUUACCGGAUUUGUCCCUUGCUGUGAGGAGAAACGCCUUACGUGUAGCAGAAGUGUGGAUGGAUGAAUAUAAGCACAUGGUCUACUACGCCUGGAACGUACCUCUUGAGAAUUCUGGGAUCGAUUACGGAGACGUUUCUUCUAGAAAAGAACUAAGGAAACGACUGAACUGCAAAAGCUUUGAUUGGUAUAUCAAAAAUGUCUACCCUAAUUUGGUACCUCAGGUUAACAUUGUAGGCUAUGGAACAAUGAAAAACACGCUAAGUAAGGAAAAUUGCAUAGAUCAAGGACCGGUUCCCGGGAACACUCCCAUAUUGUACGUCUGCCAUGGAUAUAGCCCACAGCACAUGUUCUAUCACAGCACUGGAGAAUUCUUUGUGGGAGGUUUACGAUCUCGGCGCAACACGGUUGACAGAUGCUUGACAGACUCCGGAGAAGGAAAGCUGCCAGUCAUCGAGCAAUGUGACGAAGCCCAGAGAAAAGGCCUGAACAUGCACUGGGAUUUCAUGCAAGGAUUAUCUGUAAUCAACAGGAAAACGAAACGGUGUCUUGAAAUCGCGAAGGAUCACGGAUCCCCCUAUUAUAUUCUAGUUAUGCAAAAUUGCACAGGACAAAAAUGGUUUAUUCAAAACACCGUCAAGCAAUGGGGGAAGCAGCCAUAAGGCAGCGGGUAAGUUUUUCUUCGAUUCCGAAAGGAAGCUGCAGGGUAGCACAGAGACUAAUGGGCAUAGUCUGACUUUUUUUUUUUCCAGUCAGGGAAUACAUUGGAAGAUUGUUACCUGAUUUUUGAUUCUGGUGUGUGUGAUUACUUGCGACCACAACUGAGCCCCAGAUUUCUGCUGUUAAGCAGGACGGUCGUUAAGUGAGUUUUGCCCCGUUUGACGACCUUACUUGCGACCACAACUGACCCCCAAAUUUCUGCUGUUAAGCAGGACGGUCGUUAAGUGAGUUUUGCCCCGUUUGACGACCCUACUUGCCAGAGUUGUUCCUUCGGAAGAGGAAGAAGACUUCAAAUCCACCAAAACGCGUGACGUUCACAAGUUGUUAUCUUAACUUUCUCUUCUGUCAACUGAACAAUCGCAGAUUCUUUCAAGCCAUUUCCGUGAAUGCUCCCCCCCCCGUUAAUAUUGUUAAUAAUCGUUAAACUUUCCACUGGAAUAGCUGACCAACGUUUUAAUGUUUUAUUUCGGAAUACCAGCCAAGAUGCUACUGGAAUCAGGGUGGGUUCUAAAAGUUUUUACUACUGGUUCUGUGGGCGUGGCUUAUUUUGUGGGCGUGGUUUGAUGGUCAUGUGACAAUUAUAUAGAAUUUAGCAGAAGCUGUACCAGUCUCCCCAUUUGUUCUUGGAGCGUUCCAGUCUACCCAUUUGUUUUUGGAGCGCACUGGUCUAC